AUGCACGUCCUUGUCAUCGGCGGCGGCAUGGCCGGCCUGAGUGCCGCAGUCGUCCUGCGGAAGUCCAUGCCGGAUCUUCACAUUACCCUUGCAGAGCCCAAAGCCUAUAUUGAGAUCCCAUGGGCCGCCAUCCGCGCCCUGUUUGAUCGCGCCGUCGCAGACGCUAAUCUUAUGGAUCUUGCUGCAUGGGCAACGAAGCAUGGCGUUACACACGUUCGCUCUACUAUUCUCUCCCUCUCCUUGGUAUCCGCGAAAUUGGCGACGGGAGAGACUAUUCCCUUUGAUGUUUGUCUCGUCGCGACAGGAGCUCGGACAAAGAUCCCGGCGCUUGGGAGAGAGCUUGUAGGAGAGGGUACGCUAUCGGAGAGGAGAGAGAUGCAUGUACGGGAAGGGAAACAGUUGCUAGAAGCGUCUAGCGUCCUCAUUAUCGGUGGUGGGGCUAUCGGUACAGAACUGGCAGGCGAUCUUGCCGCGUACGCGAAGCAACAGGACAAAAACGUUGCAAUUACUUUGGUGCAUGCUGGCGAACAUCUCGUACCGGAACUGAAUCCGGCCGGGGCAGCUAAGGUGAAGACAAAGCUGGAGAAACUUGGCGUACGGGUUGUGUUGAACGAACGUGCGGUGGAAGAGAACGGUGCAUGGACGUUGGGAAAGUCGGGCGAGAGGCUCGAAGCAGAGAGAGUGCUUGAAGCAGUUGGAAUUCAGCCGUCCACUGCAUUCUUUAAACAGGGUCUAUUGGCUGCUUGCCUCGACGAGGCAGGUUGGGUUAAAGUCGAUGACUAUUUCAGGGUCCACGCCAGUGAUGGAAAGAUCUUUGCGGUCGGUGAUUGUUGCACUGCGUUAACAAACACAGCGCCAAAUGCCUUCAAUAACAAAAAGGUUGUUGCUGGCAAUAUUAUAUCGACAUUGAAGGCCAUUGAGGAGAAGGAACCUUUGGAUGCUCUCAACGCAAAGAUGAAGAGGAAGAGGCCCGCUCCGUCUGUGUUUGUCGUUACGACUGGUCCAAAAAGUGGUGUCGCGAGGACUGCCAUUGGCAAUGAUUACGUUCUCCUACCGGCACUGAAGAACAAGACGAUGUUGACAUUCAAAGCGAAGAGUGAGAUUGGCGUGUGAGAGUGUUCGCACGCAAGAUGCUUAAAAAAAAAGCGAUCGGAAGUUUUUACGCAAGUCGAGUCGUGCAAAAUGUUUUGGUUCUUGGAUCCUGUCUUCCUACGGGAAGCACACAAAGUACGACUGGUGCAAUCAUACUAUCGCGUACUACUGUAGUGACGAAUACCCUUCCGUUUGUGUACAAAUCUGUAAUACAUAUGUAUAUGGCGCAGUGGCAGUGAGAAGCUGCUGUACAAGCCAACUCUCCAACCAUGCGUUUCCGGUGUUUUUUCAUGUGUAUGCUGUGCUCCGAAGUCGAUCAAAUUAGCGACACCUGCAGAUUUUCUGCACGGCAACCACAAUAUGAGCGCUGUCUUUGUCCAGAACGGGACAAGAGCAAGAAGUUAAAACUCUUAUUU